UUUCUCUUUCCGCGUGUUCUAGUCUGAGAGAAAAAACGGGGAGUCGCAGUGAUGGGUAUGGAGAGGCAAACGUCCAUAGAGACUGAGCCCAUGACUCUUACUAUCAAUCAGCUCCAGUUUGCAAGGGAGGCGGCGCUGUAUGUGAUGAACACAAAGAGCAUGGAAGAAGCUUUGAGUAUUUUCACAGAGGGUUUAGAGCCAGUGCGCAGUGUGUUAAAGAGGAAUGGAGAUUCAAUGAUGAAUUUAGGUGAAGAAUUUGAUAGGGAGGCAAAGUAUCUGCCAACAUCCAAAUCAAGGGACAUUGUCUCUGCUCCCUUUUAGAUUUCAACAUUACAACUUUUUCCUGUAUAUUUUUUUUCAUGUAUAAAACACUAAUCAAUGCAAAUUUUGUCUUUUCAUCAUGUAUAA